AUGGCUCAUUCCAUUUCUGAGGUAGGAUUAAUUUGGGCAGUGGUUACCAUGGCCUUCUACCAUGCUGCAACAAUUGAAGCAUCUACCCAGUUUGAGGCUCUGAUUAGCACUGGUUGGUGGUCCAGCGACACUUCAGAUCAUUGCAAGUGGCAUGGCAUAAUUUGCAAUGGUUCGGGAAACGUCACUGAAAUAAACCUUCAUAAUUGCAGCAGAGGGUUGGGUGAGCUUAGCAAACUGGAGUUUCCUUCAUUUCAGAGCCUAGUGCGGCUUGAACUUAGCAGUUGUGGACUCAAUGGUAGCAUCCCACCCCAAAUAGGUAAGCUUACAGAACUCACCCACCUUGAUCUGUCUGGGAAUUUUCUCACGGGUGAGCUACCAGUUUCCCUGGCUAACCUUACCCAAUUGGUGGAGCUUCACCUUUCCCAGAAUCAUAUAUAUGGCUCAAUCCCUUCCAAAAUUGGGAGCAUGAAGAAUCUAAUUGAUCUGAAUUUGGGAGAUAACCAUCUUGUUGGUGCCAUCCCUCCUUCUUUGAGCCAGCUGACGAAGCUGACCUUUCUUUAUCUGAAUGGGAAUCAAAUUAACGGUUCCAUCCCUUUAGAAAUAGGAAAUUUAGAGAAUCUGAUUUAUCUGCUGCUGAAUGACAACAAUCUCACUGGUUUAUCUCAUGGGAUCGGAGGACUUAUCAAUCUUAUAUAUUUAAGCCUCUCGAGAAACAAGAUCAGUCAACCGAUCCCUGAGGAACUUGGUAACUGUUCCAGUCUGCAGCACUUGGAUUUGAGCAACAAUUAUUUCACCGGAGACAUUCCUAUUCAGAUUGGUGAUCUUGCACUACAUCGUAUUGAUCUUAGCAAUAAUUUACUCGUGGGAAGGAUACCAUCUGGGUUCCAAAAUUUGAGGAGCUUAGAUUACAUGAAUCUCUCCCACAAUAAACUCUCUGGCACCAUUCCUUCCCUUACAACUGGACAUUGA